AUGGGCCUCAGCAACAGCGCUAUUAUUGUGAUUGUAUUGGUUGCAGCUCUUGCAGCUGUUACUACUGCCGCCGGCAUAUUUAGCGUUAUCGAUCCUGAAAGGGACUCAUUCAAAUCUCCCUCAAUAGAGCAGCAUCAAUAUAUGCGAACGGUUCGACAUAGAUAUUUUGAGCUACUUCAAUCAUAUGCGGACAAACAUGAUGCUUGGAGGCAAAAACCUAGUUCAGCCCAUGAAGGCACGGCUGAUAUGGUGUGA